AAUCACCUGUUCCGUGUGUGUUUGUGUCUCCAGUAUGACGGCGUGCCGGUGUUGAGGCUCCCCGACGCCAUGAAGGAGAAUCUGGUUACCAUUGGAAUAGUGAAUGGAGAGUUGGUGUACGGAUUUCCUGCAGAGGGAUUCCCUCCCGUUUCUCCUUGUGCUCCUUCACCGAACACCUCCAUGUCACUAAAGAGAAAGAGUGAGAUCCAGCAGGAUGAAGGCCGGCCAUACAUCAAGAAGCCGCCCAAUGCCUUCAUGCUCUUCAGGAAGGAGCAGAGGGCGAAGGUUGUUGCAGAGCUGAACAACAACAAUAACGCGACAGUGAAUACUGUCAUUGGACAGAGGUGGAAGUCAAUGUCGAAGGAGGAGCAGGCCAAGUACCAUGAGGAGGCAGAGAAGGAGAGGACGCUCCACUCCCAGCAGUUCCCAGACUGGUCCUGCAGUGACAAUUAUGGCAAAAAGAGGAAGAGGGUGAGGAGGAAAGCUCGCACCACAGCCGAUGCGUCUGCGUCUCAACCCGAGGAGGUCACACAGCAAGCCAAGAAGCUGUGUGUCAUACCAGUGCAGACGUAUGUGAUGCAGACCUCCGCCUUACAGUCACAUGUGAUGCAGACCUCCGCCUUACAGUCACAUGUGAUGCAGCCCUCCACCUUACAGUCACAUGUGAUGCAGCCCUCCACCUUGCACACAGAAGUGAUGGAGUCUUCCACGCAUCACGGGAGGCCUCGAAUGGCUCUUCCUGUAUGUGACGGAUUUGACCUGCUGGCACGUUGGAGAUCAGGGAACAUUUAACCCCCCACCCCCUUCCCCUUUACC